CCCUCUCUCUUUGCAGUCAGUAUUUCCGUCUGAUGUUCACUAUGGAUAUGGCGGAGCAUUACCGAAAGGAGGUCCCUGUGUACGGAGUUAGUUACAGUACCCUGGAGCAGAUUGUCAACUUCGCCUACACCGGCAAGGUAGAGUUUCAAGAAAUACCUCCCAUCCUGGGGACGCCCAAAGCACCGGACCCAGGAGACAAAUACAAGACCACCAUAGAAGAACUUCUGUCGGCUGCCGACAUGUUUCAGAUUCUAAACCUACGCAGGGCCUGUGCAAAGUACAUCAUGGACAAAUUAAACGUCGACAACGUCGUCAAGUUUUACUUCUUCGCAUCCCUUCACAACUGCGACGACCUCAAGAAGUCUUGCAAGCAGCUCAUAGAGGAUCACUUCAUACUGGUGUCUCAAAAGGAAGAAUUCUUGGAUCUGGACCAGGACCAAGUGUCCGAACUUCUUGCCAGUGACGAUCUUAACGUUCAGAAGGAAGAAGAAGUGUACGAAGCUGCCUUGAGAUGGAUCAAACAUUUGCCUCAAUCAAGAGCAGAAAGCGCGCCAAAACUUAUCAAAGAAGUCAGAUUGACGAGAAUGGACCGUUCUUAUCUAGAUGAACAGCUCGCCACUGACGAACUAUUGUCGUCUUCACCAGAGUGUGUGAGCUUUAUAGAACAAGCUGGAGCAUCGCAGGUCUUGGAUGAUUCUGGAGGUUCGGCCUGUAGUGUCGCCUGUAAGGACAGCCUUAGACAUGGCAUGAAGGAAGCCAACACUAUAUUCAUUAUCGGAGGGAAGCAGUACACAGAUAUGGGAGACAUAGAGUACUGUAGCACCUGUUUUUGUUUCGACCCCGUCAACAAGACUAAAUGUACGGUCCCUACACCUGACAGUGCGUUCUGUCUCAGCAACAUGGCAUGUACGUUCUACGGGAGUUUUCUGUACGUGGCUGGCGGAACGGUACAAGAUCUACAUUCUUCGUCAGGAUGGCGGCCUUCUGAUGAGUUUUGGGAGUACGACUGCGUAGAUAACGUUUGGUCGCAGAAGUCAAACAUGUCUCACCCCAGGUCUAACUUCUCUAUAGUGGCGAUAGAGGGUUGUGUAUACGCGUUAGGAGGUUCGUAUAGAUCGGGAAGAUACGAUUUGGUUGAAGUCUUCGAGUUAGAGACUGAGGCAUGGACUGACGCAAAGCCUAUGCCUUAUCCUCUGUCAGAACACUGCGCGGUAGCCUUGGACCGAAAGAUCUACGUCAUGGGUGGAUUUGCGGGUGGAUCCGGGAAAGGGAUCACAAACCGAGCGCUUUGCUUCGACACAGUGGAGUCAACCUGGACAGAAAUUCCCAAUCUGAUGGUCAUGAAGAAAAGGGCAAGCGCCGCGGUCUUAAACGGAGAGAUAUAUGUAAUCGGGGGAACAGACUACAUUGAGGAGAUGGAUAUAGUAGAGAUCUAUAACGUGGAGAAGAAGAGAUGGAGGCUAGGGGCGAGACUACCAGAGGAGUGUAGUUCGGCAGGAGUGGCUGUUAUAGACGGGAAGUUGUACGUGUGUGGAGGGGUGAGGUUUCACCAGGUGCUGGAUGGGAUAUGGGUGUACAAUGCGGAGGGUGACAGUUGGGAGAGGAUGUCGGGAGUUAGGCUGACGCGGCAGUUUGAAUUUGGGAGCACGGCGGCGCUCAUCAACCAACAGAGACUCAAAACAGGCGAAGGAAAGAAAACUUGAUUCUUUUUAAAUAUGUUGUACACACAUUCGUAGAGGUGCUAUUGAAUGCAUUGAUAUUUGACACAUUUUAUUUCAAACCAGUCCUCCUUGUAUGAUCAUAGCCUGGAAUCCAGCCGU